AUGGCUCCCAAAGGAUACACUGUUGACACAAGCAAAGCCGUUGGCUACGAGCAGCCUGCCUAUAAGGUGGCAUAUAACCGACGCGAUCUGAUAUUGUAUGCCCUAGCUGUAGGCGUCGACCAUAACGAACUGCAGUAUUUGUACGAAUUAGACCCAAGCUUCACCGCCUUGCCCACCUACCCUUUAGUACUGCAGUCCAAAGGCGACGGGUUUGAUGUGAAUUCCUUUGCAAAAGAGGUUGCCAAAGGAGGAAAAACGCCUGGAUUACCUGACUACAAUCUCAAUAACCUCGUGCAUGGCGAGCAGGGCAUGGAGGUUCUUCGUGGUGUACCGUUAGAAGGAAAUUAUACCAUCCGUAGCAAGAUCUCCGGAGUAUAUGAUAAGGGUAGCGGUAUGGUCAUUGAAACCAUCAAAACACUUGUGGAUGAGCAAAAUGUUGAAUAUGUCAAGAUGACUACACGUAUGUUUGUCAUUGGAUACGGAGGAUGGGGUGGUGAUAAAGGGCCCAGCGCAACUAGCCAUAAGAUACCAAACCGACAACCAGAUGCUGUUGACGAGGUGGUGACUACCCGAUCCCAAGCACUCUUAUAUCGACUGUCAGGUGACUACAACCCUCUGCACGCCGACCCAGCCAUUGCUCCCAUGCUAGGGUUCGAGCGCCCUAUUUUGCAUGGACUUUGCUCAUAUGGUGCGUCUGCUCAUGCCGUCAUCAAGAAAAUGGCUAAUAACGAACCAUCUCGCUUCAAGUCUAUCCAUGCACGCUUUAGUAGCCCUGUGUAUCCCGGAGAAACCCUGGUGAUAUCCAUGUGGAAGGUAGAGGAAACAGCGGAUCAGGAAACAAUUCAUUUUAUUACUAAGGUGAAAGAAAGAGAUGCGGUGGUCAUUAAGGAUGGCACAGUAACUCUAUCCAAAGCUAAAAUAGCCGCAAAGCUGUAG